AUGAACACAGCGGCCAUCAGAGUGGUUCUUCAAACUCAAAAACAGACUAGACCGGAUCAGACACCCCUCAAACACCUCCAGACCUCUCCUCAGACACCCACAGACACCGCCAUACACCCUUCAAACACCCCCCAGACAACCCCAGACACCCCUCAGACCCCUCCAGACACCCCUCAGACCCCUCCAGACACCCCUCAGACCCCCCCAGACACCCCUCAGACACCCCCAGACACCCCUCAGACCCCCCCAGACACCCCUCAGACCCCCCCAGACACCCCUCAGACCCCUCCAGACCCCCCCAGACACCCCUCAGACAACCCUCAGCCCCCCCCAGACACCCCUCAGACCCCUCAGACCCCCCCAGACACCCCUCAGACCCCCCCAGACACUCCUCAGAAACCACCAGACACUCCCCAGACACCCCUCAGACCCCCCCAGACACCCCUCAGACCCCCCCAGACACCCCUCAGACACCCCUCAGACACUCCUCAAAAACACCCCAGACACCACUCAGACACACUGUCACCCCAGACCACCACUCAGACACCCCUCAGACACACCCAGACAUCUCCAGACCACCCCUCAGACACCCUCAGAAACCCCUCAUACCCCCCUCAAACACUCCCAGACCCCCCUCAGACAACCCUCAGACACUCCAGACCACCACUUAGACACCCCCCAGACACACUCAGACACCCCUCAAAAACCCUUCAGACACCCCUCAGACCCCCCCAGACACCCCUCAGACCCCCCCAGACAGCCCUCAGACACCCCUCAGACACUCCUCAAAAACACCCCAGACACCACUCAGACACACUGUCACCCCAGACCACCACUCAGACACCCCUCAGACACACCCAGACAUCUCCAGACCACCCCUCAGACACACCCAGACACCCCUAA